AUGAAUUCGAAAAAAAAAUUAAAUAUCGUAGAAAAAAAAUGCAUACUAGAAAAAGUGCACAUACUGCCCAUAAAAAGAAAAGUCGAAAAUGCAGAUGCGCUUUACAGAAAACUGCAGUUGUUGAUAAAUGACAAAUGCGUCCUGUAUGAAGGGUUCAUAAUUGAUGCUAAUGGAGAAAAGGAAACGGUACCAGGGGAAAAAAGCACACGGACAAAUCUAAAGGAAAGCGUCGGGGAACCCCCAAAGGAAGGCCUAACAAAUGACAAGGGAGACCCCACUAAAAAUGAAAAGCACACAACAAGCACAAAAUUGCUCGAAAAAUUAAGUAGCGCCAAAGAGGGACCUUGCCCAAAUGGAGACGACUCAUGGGAAGUUGCGCAUAGGAAGGAAUCGAACAGUCACACACCAAAAAAAAAUUCGAAUGAAAAGGACAAUAAAAACACACCCAAUAAUGACCACAUUUGUUUACAUGAAAAAUGCAACAAAGACAAAUUAACAGAGGAAACUUCCCAUUUUAAAGAAGGCACAGACUACUACGUUGUUGGAAUCCUCACUCGGGACACCCUAAUUUACACGGAUGGAAAAUACGUGGACAAUUUAAAAAAAAUUCAUCUCAUAAUAAUACGAGAUAAAUACUAUAAAAAAUAUGAAAAAAAAUUGAAAAAAAAUUUUUUUCUUUAAAUGUCCCUCAUUCCGUUUUCCUUUGACCACUUUUCGAGAAAGUGUAGUGCAGAAAGGGGGAAGAGCAAUGGCACCUUCGGAGCAAAGAACAGGGACACUGUCAUGCCUCACCCUACCAACAUCAAGAGAAGAAAUCUCGUCCUGGAAAAAAUCCUUCUUACCUGUCUGCACCCCUAUUUCAAGAAAAACAGGACUAAGCUAUUCUACUCUGGCAAGCUACUCAUUAUAAAUAAUUUUUCUUUCCUCGUUGAGAUUUGCUUGAACGCAGAUACGUACGACCCGUUUAGGAACGUCCAUAUAGUGCCCCUGUACGACACACUACCGACCACAUACAACUAUGACAUUUUUGCAGAUUACAUAAAGCCAUACAUAGAGAGGCAUUACUUAAGUUUAUUUUCCAUGCAUGACACCUUUUUUUACAAAGGAGUGCAAUUUAAAAUUAUGGGAAUAGACCCAAUGAACAUAAAAUAUGGAAGAGGAAGAAUUACCUGCAACACAUUUAUAUACACCGAGGGGGCAAUCAAGCCAACUUUUUUCGACGUUAUUUCGAAUGAAUCCAUAAAUUAUAUCCAGUGCUUACCAGUAGAAUACAAGCCAUAUGCCGUUUUGAACAUAUUGCAACAGUUAGAUGCAGACUCUUUGUUACGGCUGUUCCCAUCAACUAAUGCGAAUUUACAGGAGAGUGCCCUCAACGAGCAGCGCAUUUUAAGCCAUUUGGAUAAGUAUAAGUAUGUAUAUAAAAACCACACACGGGAGGAUAAUCAGGGUGCAAAGAUGAUCCUAGACGUAGAUGUAGACGAACACAUAGAUGCAAAAAAUAAAAGUGGCAACUUUGCAUAUGAACAGUGUGCCGUUUGCUUCGAAUAUUUUCAGAACUAUGACAAGUGCAUCAAAUUGGCUUGUCUGCACACCUACCACUGGAAGUGCGUCAAGAGCUGGUUUAGGUUUAACCUCACAUGUCCGUGUUGCCGACGCGAAUUGAUCAUUUAG